AUGCAAAUUUCUCCCCCUUUCUGUGGUUGCCUCUCUGAAAUGUAUGCGCGGUCGCUUGUCAAGCAAGGGGCCUUCAGUUGCUUCCGGUCUUGUGUACGGGUGGGGUCGGUGGCCAUUAUCGGCGGGGAGGCUCACAUGUUCAAACAACUCUACAAACGUGACGAGAAGUUGCGCCUGUACAGGUCACUCAUCAAAGGGGCGAGCCGAUUCCCGCUGCGUUCCCGCAGGGAUAUUGUAACGGAAGAAGUACGUAGCAGCUUUCGUCACCCACUAAACGAUAGCCUUACAAAUGAGGAAGUCGACCGCAAGCUCGUGCUGGGGUGGGAACGGGCCGAGGCAAUUAAGACAUAUGCGCAAAACAUGUACUGGUUUCACUCGCGUGAUGAGGUGUCGAAGGAAAUGAUGCAUCACUCGUUGGAGCGGGACCGCCAACGAGUACGGGAGAUGGAAAGAUGCAACACUGUUGGAGCGGCACCACGGAAAACACCUGAGGUGACUGAGUUCAAGUCGUCGAUGUACAACGUACAUCCGGACUACUAUGAAAAGAUUGGGCAGAAACCACUGACGCACACAAGGGACAUUUGGAGGGCUCGAGGGCAGUAUGGCUCCGAUGUUGGUGGUCCGCGACAGAAAUUUUUUGUGCGGCGUUUCAAGGCCCUGUUUCCCCAGGGUUGGUGA